AUACUCUUUGAACUAAACCAAAAACAACAAGAAAUGUCAAUUUAACACUGCGUUGGACGAUAACAGGAACUAAUUCUAACUUAUUUUUGAUCUAAUUCUUGUUACGUUUGUAUAAAAACUAUAAAUUAAGCCUAGUUAAAGUAGUGGGUAAAGUAAUAAAAAUAUUAGUGACCUGUAAUUCCUGCAAUUGUAUUAUAAAAUGUUAUGAUGGCUACCUACGAAAAUUGGUCAGGUCGACGGAGAGGUAAACAAGGUGGCGAUUUAUAUAGGUUAGACACUAAAAAUAAAUCACCUGAAGAAAAUAUAAAGGAAAUUAUAUAUGGCUUAUACUUAAAGAAGCCAUUUAAUAAUGAUACUUCACCUACUAACAAGAAUAUACCCAUGGAAUUUAAGACUGGUUUACGGAAUGUGCAGAAAAAUGGUUCUGAUUCCUAUAGACUUUCUUGCUUAAAUGCUUUAGUUGUAUUACUAUCAAAAGAAGAUAGAAAUAAUUUAGGAUUUUCAACUGAAGAAUUAAUGACAUGCAUUCGAGCUAGCCUUGUAGACGAGUCUAUGGUUAUCAGAGCUGCAGCAUUAAGAGCUCUAAGAUAUUUGAUCAAAACUGAGAGUGAUGUAGCCACAUUCAACAUAUUAAAGUUAACACAUAUUGUAACAAGAUCUAUGGAUUUAAUGCUACGGAAUGAAGAAGAGCGAGCACAAGCUCUUCGAGUUGUCCGACGGGUUAUAGCAGUGGUGGGGGCAGCAGAGCAGCCUUUACAAUGUCACAGAUCAGCAUACAUUGACCAGGGCUUGCUCAGAUGUUUAACUGCAGUUGCCCGCGCUGGCAGUGCAGGUGAUGGUACUGGGGAUAGGCUGUCCCGCCCAGCUGUUGCCACUUUAGCUGAGAUUUGUGUGCUAAACCCUGACCUGUUUAUCUCGUGUGGAGGUGUGAAUGCAGUAAUCCGACAGUUGGCGGAGUGUGCAACACCACGCAUGGCGGAGGCUCUCUGUGGAGUUUUACUACAUACACUGAACGAGCCUUUGUCUCGGAGAGCAGCUAGAAUUGAUCUAACCUGCCUUAAUUCACCAUACUGUGAUUUUCAUUGUCGUCCUGCCGGAACUGAUUCAAACAGGGACGAACGUGAGAUGCGAUUCACUUGCAGCAGACUAGCACUAUUAUGUGUUCUGCGUAGUUGGCCAGGUUUGCUGCACUUUUGCAAUCCUUGCAGUAAAGGUGGUCUACGCGCGUUGGUUGCUGCUCUAUACUUACCACGGUUAGAGGUCCGAAAAGCUAUAUUGGAUUUGUUGUAUGAGUUAGUUGGACUACCGCAACCAGAGUGGACAGACGAGAUUUCCGUGGCUUUAGAUGCUGUAGAUCCAUCUGACUUUCAGGAUUCUUGGCGUCUAAACGAAGGCUUCGUUGCAGCCGAAGGCACCGCUAUUCUACCUCACCUCAGUGCAACCGGACCAGAUAUUAUUGAAAUUCAUCUUGCUCUGUUACUUCAAUGCUUCCUAGAGGCUGGACUUCUGGACGGAUUAGCAGAAGUAAUAGUGACAAGUGAUACAUUUAUAUCGGUCCGCGCUACCGUACUGUUAGGCCAACUAUUGCAUUUAAUACACCUGUUUCUACCUCCUCAAAUAUGUAAUCUAACACCUGCACUGCCCACUUUGAUGUCACAAGCGUCUGCGGGCAAGCCUCAAGCAUUAGCGGCUGUUGCUGCCUUAAGGAGACUACACUCAAUGCUAGAAUCUCGUCCGGCCAGCAACAGCUUGUUCCUAGAUCACAUCAUACAGUACUGCAGUGGCGCAUUCAGGAUGAAAGUAGAAGAUAUGACGAAAAGUCGAAAGGAAAAGGACAACGCUAACAUGGCGAAGCCGCACCACGAAUUGUUAGUACAUAAAGAGAGCAGCAUCGAGUUUCUCAACGAAUCCGACAACGAAAACGAACCGAAGCAGAGGCAUAGCGUCGGCUCACGUGCUGACGUCACCAGUAGAAAUGUUAGCGCGCUAGUGAAGAGCAAAAGUGUUAGUUCACGGACUAGUUCGGUGGGAAAAGUUUCUAAAUCGGCAAAGUUCUUUAGUUUAUUCGAACGAGAUAGUGAUAGUUGGAUACGAUCGAGUCUCGUCAUGCAAAGCAAGGAUGGCAAUACAUGGGACUGGGAAAUUAUACGAACAAUAUUGAAGGAAAGUGACGGUACGCAAUUGUUAAAUUUGAAUGACAGUGGACAUAAAGCUUGGGCUAGCCGUAUCAUCAGCUACCUCAAACCUUCAUCCAACAAGUAUUCACAUACAGAUAUAUCGACCACUUGCAAUGGACACUCCGCUACGAGGGCUGGAUGUCAAUUAAUUAGACAUUUGCUGCAGCAUAAUGAUGCUGAUUCGCAGAGGAUGCUGGAAGAGCUAUUUACCGACGUCAGUAAACAGAUAGAGGCGAUAGAGACUGGCAGGAAGGCGCACGAGUGUCUCUUCAGUCCUCAGCACAUGUGCAAUACUAUGUGUCAGAUGUAUUUCCUAUUUAUCGGACAACUCUGUCACUCUCAAGUCGGACUGAAGUUGUUCAAACAAACAGGAUUAUAUAACAAUCUUCUGGAACUUUCUACGAAGACUCAUCACAGUUGCUACGUCAAACUAGUUAUAUCAAGUUUGGAUUACACAUUGGACUCUAGUCCUCGGGAUGUUUUGGCUAAAACUUUAACUUGCACCAUUCAAGCGUCCCGAUUAUAUGCUACGCAAUUUCUGAACGUACUUCUACGAGCUUCUAGAAGCUCCCGCGAACUUGUAAGGAAGAAAUCUAAAUUAAAGAAGAAUUAUACCCAAGAUCAAUGGAAACAUAUUUAUAGAGAUGAUGGUGAUAAUAAUGGGGUUGAUAUGGACACUUGGGUAUUACAAAUGUUGGUUGGACAAGUUAAAGAUGAAUCUAAGAAGGUUGUCAAAUGCGCUUUAUCUAUAUUAGAAGAAGCAUAUAGUGUACCGGCUUUCUUGGAGAAACUGAUGACAAUGAAAGACACUCUCGGUCAGAACUGCAGAUUGGAUAAAAAUGCUGAUCCAUCAACUUUGGACUUAAGCUCCGUUGGUGAUAGAGGAUAUUUGAUAUGGCUGGGAUUAGAAGUUGCUGCAACCGUACAGACCGGCGAUACGCAGUCUAUAGCAUUUCUUAAGAAACAUUUGGAUUUCUGGGCGAAAUCUUACAACUACAGAUAUGUGCGGUUAGUGGAGGCGGGUGUGCACGAGGCGCUGACUGUGUGCGAGGGCGCGCGUCGGCCGAGGGCGUCCCGACGCUGCGUGCGCACGCCGCCGCACCUGCUGGCCGCGCUCGCAGCUGUAGCACACCCCGCCCACGCCACGCACCCCGCACACGCCCCGCACCCCGUAGCGCCCGCCAACAUGGCCGCCGUACAGCUGCGGGGUCUGCUGGCUGCCGCACUGCCACCCCACUGCAAGAUAAUACAAGGUAUGAAAUGUUCAACGGAACAAGAGAUAAUGGAGCUGAAGGCAUCACUGUGGGCGGUGGGUAACGCGGCGCUGAGCGGGGCGGGGCUGCAGCAGGUGCUGGCGGCGGGCGGGGAGGAGGCGGCGCCGCACUUCGUGUUGCGCCUCGCCAAGUACAGCCCCGUCUACUCCGUGCGCGCCACAGCUUUCUACGUGCUCGGACUAUUCGCUACCACAUUUGAAGGCGCAAAUUUACUCUCUGAUUUAGGUUGGAUAUGCGUGAGACAUACCCGUCACGAUCAAUUCCCUAUAAUACCGGACGAGAGUUACCCGCAAUACGAUUCAACUGGAGACGGGAAUUACAUCACAUCACCGGAACGACGCUACAAUGCAUUCGAUAUAGAAUUGAGCGAACAUUCAGAUCACACAGACUUAAGUACUGCCGAAAGUAUACAUUCAGAUACGAAACAUGGGAUUAAAACUCUAGUAGACCACGAUGUUGUUGACCAUAAGACCCCUUACAAUGAAAGUCGUCGUGAAGUCAGCAAAAGAAAGUCCCAUACACUACCAACACAAGGAUGUUCUGCUUCUCACGAUAGACCAGCUUUAACUGAAUCUAGAACUGUUGAUAUUCUAAGAGAUUGUUCGAGUUACGAACGACCAGGACCACAUCGGUUGCAUUUUGAGAACAGAUUGUUAUUAGGAAGGAUGAAUUCUUUGGAACAUCACGAGGGUAGAGUGAGGAAUACUAGUGAGUCUAGCACUAGCGGCGUCAGUAGUUGUGAUUCAGCUGGAGGGAAAUAUGCAAUACCUGACAGAAUAUUAACACUAAGUCCCAUACCAAGUUCAUCAAGUCUGUACGGUAUGAAGAGUAGCAGCAGCUCACAUCGGCCCCGCCUCUCUGAGUCGCAACGGAGAACUUCCACGUCAAGUUUUUCAACUUGUGAAGUGGCCAGUUCACCACCUACACAAAUGGACAUGUCAGGUUAUGCUACACUCAAGACCAUAAAUAAACAUAGAAGGCCGCACUUGUCGGAGAGCGCGGCGUCGGGUUCUACUGAGCUGGACGACCUGACGUGGCUGCUGACGGACACGCAGCGCCGCUCCAAGCCCUUCUCCUCCCUACGCCCGUUCAACAUUAAUAUCACUAAAGCAGCGCUAUCCUGA